GGAACGUCUUCACAUGUGUUUCCAAACCUCUCCGGUGUUUUUAUCUCACGGAGCGACUGCUUUCUUCGAUUAAAUAGCGACGUUUUUGCUCAGCAGCACAGUUCGUAGAGCUCUCGGGUCUGUAGAAGUGAACACGAUGGCGCAGAGGAAGAAGAAACUGAUGAAGAGGAAGAAGAGCUCGACUCACAGAGAUCACGAGCUCCAGUCUGACGAUGAAGAGUUUGAAGUUGCUGCAGGAAUCAAAGAUGACCAGGACACAUCCAGCAGAAGACUUCCUCGAUUCCCUGCCUCGUCCGAGUGUGUUUCUGACGUGGAGCUCUACACCAGAGAGCUCAUCAGAGCCCAGAACAAGAAGAAGAAGAAGAAGUCUGGAGGCUUUCAGUCCAUGGGUCUCAGUUAUCCAGUGUAUAAAGGCAUAAUGAAGAAGGGCUAUAAAGUUCCUACACCCAUCCAGAGGAAGACUAUCCUGGGGAUUCUGGAUGGGAAGGAUGUGGUGGCCAUGGCCCGGACGGGCAGCGGGAAGACAGCCGCCUUCCUCAUCCCCAUGUUUGAGAAGCUGAAGGCUCCGCAGGCACAGACAGGGGCCCAGGCUCUGGUCCUCACGCCCACCCGAGAGCUCGCCCUGCAGACCAUGAAGUUCACCAAAGAGCUGGGGAAGUUCACCGGCCUGAAAACGGCACUCAUUCUCGGUGGAGACAGCAUGGACGACCAGUUCGCUGCUCUUCAUGAGAAUCCAGACAUCAUCAUCGGUACUCCUGGCCGUCUGAUGCACGUCAUCAAGGAGAUGAACCUGAAGCUGCAGGCUGUGGAGUAUGUGGUGUUCGAUGAAGCCGACAGGCUGUUUGAAAUGGGUUUUGCAGAGCAGCUUCAGGAAAUCAUCAGACGUCUUCCAGAGCUGCUGUUCUCUGCCACACUGCCCAAAAUGAUUGUGGAUUUCGCCAGAGCUGGCCUCACAGAGCCGGUUCUCAUUCGUCUGGAUGUGGACACGAAAUUGAGUGACCAGCUGAAGCUUUAAUUUUUCCACUUGUGGUUGGAUGAUAAACCAGCCCUUCUGCUGCAUCUGCUGAGAAAUGUGGUGAAGCCGCAAGAACAGACGGUGGUGUUUGUAGCCACCAAACAUCAUGUGGAGCAUCUCAAAGAGCUCUUGAUGGUCGAGGGCUUUGAGUGUGCCUACAUCUACAGCGCUCUGGACCAGACGGCCCGCAAUAUCAACAUCGGCCGCUUCGUCCACCGCAAGGCCAUGGUGCUGCUGGUCACAGAUGUGGCGGCCCGUGGCAUUGACAUCCCGCUCCUGGACAACGUCAUCAACUACAACUUCCCAUCGAAGGCCAAACUCUUCCUGCACAGAGUCGUUCGUGUGGCGCGCGCUGGCAGAAAAGGAACCACCUUCAGUCUGGUUUGUACAGAUGAAGUGCCUUACCUCUAUGACCUUCAUCUGUUCUUGGGUCGACUAAUUCAGCUCGCCCUCCCCGAACACACACAAGGUCAUAGAGGCAGAGGACAAGGAGGAGCUCAGUCGCAGCCGGCCCAGCAGCAGAGCGGCUCACGUGUGCUAUCCGAGCUGAAAAACCGCGAGCCGAUUCUCAAGCAGCGCAAACGGAAAGCCAAACAGCAGUUUCUGCAGAGUAGCGGCAUGAAGAAGCUCCAUACCAAAGGAAGACGGCGCCUGCAGGGAGUGAUGAAAUCUGGCUUUGGUCGUGGCAGCAACAAGAAAGGAAAGAUGAGGAAGAAACUUUAAGAGCCAAAUGAGGAGUCAUUACAAACUAUCCCACCUCCCCAACACAGACUUCCGACUUGUGGUGCGGAAAACAGGAUGGACCACAUUUUAUGUAUAUGUACAUAUUAUAUACAAGAUACAGUAUGUGUCUAGAAUAUGGAUAGAAUGAGUUAAGAGACUUUAACUCUUUUACUGA